UGACGGAGUCAAAGGUGACAGUUGCUGAUUGUGGAAGGUUGUCAGGAGAGGGUGAACUAGUUCGGACAGACUUUUUUCCCUUGCUGAGACUAAGGCUGCUACUAUGGCCUGUGCUACUCCAAAUGCCGUGCCAGAUGAGAACACUUAAUUCGUGAUGGCUGAUAAUGAGGAUGAAUGGUUUUCUCUUCGACCACAAGAGCCUUUGCCCAUCCAGUGUUGUGGUAGUGGAUGCAAGCCAUGUGUAUUUGAUAUUUACGAACGGGAACUCAGGCAAUGGGAGCAGGCAAAAGCUAAAGGAGAUCAAAGUCUUCUGAUUCAGAGCAAUGAGUCAAAGCAGGAUGACUUGCGGUUAAUUGGAACUGAGAAAUGGAGUGCUUUUCAGAUAGAGUGUGUGGAGCAGCAGACAGCUGACACUUACCUGUAUAGAUUCCAGCUGCCCAGUGGAUGCUGUCUGGGGUUGACUGUAGGACAGCACAUUGUAGCCAGGGGAAUUGUGAAUGGUCUGGAAGUUCAGAGAGCAUAUACUCCAGUGAACCCUGUGGAUGCAGAAGGUUAUUUUGAAGUUCUGAUAAAGAUCUAUGAAGAUGGAUUAAUGUCUCAGUAUGUAAAGACCUGGAAGGAGUGGGAUAGUGUAUGUUGGCGGGGCCCUUUUGGAGGCUUUCCAUACAAAUCAAAUCAGUAUGAGCAGCUGCUGCUGUUUGCCUCAGGGACUGGUAUAGCUCCAAUGGUGCCUCUGCUCAAAUAUAUUGUAGCAAAUGAAGAGGAUGAAACUUUUGUUACCUUGGUGGGCUGCUUCAGGACUUUCCAAGAUAUCUACAUGAAGUCUCGACUUCAGGAACUUGCAGCUUACUGGAAUGUGAAAACGUUAUUUGUUCUGAGCCAGGAGCGAGACCUGGAAACACUUCCCUGGAGUUAUCGAGAAAAAUCUUAUAAUGGACGUGUAAGUGGGGAUAUGGUGAAUAAUUUCGUAAGCUCAUGCAGACGGAAACCAUUCGUUGUGGUUUGUGGAUCCAUUACUUUCAACAAAGACAUCCUCAACUAUCUCAAUCGUAUAGGCUUCUCAGAAGAUUUGCAUUUUAUGUUUUAGAAAAUUAGAAGCUUGUUACCUAUAUGCAUAAAAUCCUACUUUAAUACGUAGCAGAGCUUCUGACAUUAGUGGAAGAAUGCAUUCCAAAGACUUGUCUGUGACUAAAUUAAUUAAUGCUGGAAUCCAGAAAUUGGAAGAGGAGCCUGCGUAUUAAUCUCUGAAAAACAAGGCUGCUGGACAUUCAAAGGGUUCAGCUGGGAUUCACCACCAAACCCAAUCCGGUUCAGCAAAGUUAGACGAUAGUGAUCAGAAGAAGCAAUAGUGAUCUGUCAGUAUUUUUUGCCCAAAUCACCCUGAAGUUAUCAGAAGCACCCAUACCUCUAGUUCAAAUCAGCUAGCUUACCAUAGAACAGAGUUCAAACCUGGGUCCACUGUGGCUGUACGUUCUGACUGUGCAUUUACCCAGUGAAACAGAUUCAGCUCUUUCUUAAUGUUGAAGUGUCAUGCUGCUGUGCGGUUGAAACUGUUGCAUUGGUUCUUUCUGAUAUCUGUCAUACUAGACCACUGAAAGCUGUAGUAGUUGUUACAAAAGACAAGAUAAGAGAGAAUGGAUUUUAUGAAGACGGGCUUGAGUCUGUAUGGCUUGUGAUCAUGAAACAGGAACAUGGUGUUCUGGUGCUGAGAAAUGGCAAACUUGACAAGCCUGGAGUCUUAAACUGUGUAGUUUUGGGUUUACCUGCUGCUGUUUUUAGUGAUAAAUGUAUUUAAAUUAAAUCCAUUCUAAAUCUGUAAACUUUAUAUAUUCCUCUAAAAUCCUAUAAAAUAUAAUUUUUGUUCAAUCAAUUAUUUUUUUAAAAAACUAAUCAAGAUAAGGAUGUCAAUGCUGAAAAACAGUAUUUUCUUCUGAUAUUUUGCAUUCAUUGUUGUUGUUAAGCGCUUCCAGGGUAAGGAGUUAGAUACAAAGUAAAGCUCCCCAUACUUCCAAGAACAAUGUGUCUUAGCCCAGCUUUGGAGGAGUGCACCCUAACUGCCAAUGUGGCAAUUGCAUUUUUCAAUAAUUCUUUUGUCAUUUGAGUGAUUUAGCCCGUUCAUGCCAAUUUAGGAUCAUUUUAUGUUGUGGCUUUGUGCAAGUAGAAAACUGAACUCGGAAUAAAUUAAUCCCCUUAUA